CCGUUUCCUAGACCUGUUCUUGCGAGCAAUGAAACAGAUAGCCUUGUCCAUUGAUGUCUCCUGGCUACAAGAUGAAGAGACAAUCGACGCUGUCCGGUUUUCCGCCUUGCAAUUGAUCACGACGUGGCUCUCGGAAGGUUGCAAGUUCGGUUAUUUGCUUUUCGAUUCGGAAUCAUCGCGAGCUCAAAAUGUCGACGCCGCAGGUUUCUUCAACCCGACGACGAAUGCCGUGGAGGAGUUCGAGGCCAAGCUGUCGGAGGGCGUCGUGGAGUCCCGGAAAGCCGACUCUGUGUCACAAAUCGAAACGCUCCGCUGGGCGAUUUCUCGCUCCAUAACGGAUCUCGGAUGGCACUCGGUCACCGUGACGUCGCCGGUAAAGGCUUCGAGGAAACGUCGUCAGAACAUUCAGCGUGUGGACGAGCCCGAGAACCGUAACAUGCUCUUUCUAUUCUCCCGUUUGCCACCUGGUACGCUCGCGAAAAUCCGCGACGAGCUCGUGACAUCCAGCCUGGGGAAAUGUCUCCAGGAAAACCGGAUCGAGCUCUUCUGGGUUCACGACACGUUGCAGCAGACGCCUACUCCGUCGAGCAAAUGCGCUUUUCUCCGGAUUCGCGAUCUAGUUCAACUGUGCGGUGUUUUCCCGGCAGAUCAGCUCCAAUACACGUCGAGCUUGGGACCGCGGUCGAGGAUAGUUCCCCUUCUCCUACGAAAAUCCAAGCCCGCACCCCUCGCGAUUUGCCAGUUUACCAUGGCUAGUCUGCUAAAUCCGAUCGAACUUUACAUAUUUCCCAAUCAAACCAAAACGGAAAUUUCUUUCGAUUGCACGGAACGCGAGCUUGCCUUCGACGGGUUGAUGGAAGACCCUACGAUCGCGUCAAUCUUGGGAAAAGCCCUGGCCCUCUUCGUGGUGACGUCACGCGAUGCCCAUUUCUACCGCCUACUGAUGGAGCUCAGGUCUCUGAGAUCAGUCUGUUUCCUGAAAUGCGAUGACUUCCUGUUCCUGCUGAAACCACUCUCAGAGUCGGCUGCGACAUUGGCUCAGGUCGUAGACAGGGACUUCUCCAGAAACACCGAAACGGAUCCCUCCCCAAAACUGUUCGACAGCUUCUUCCUGGAACGGGCUUGUUUAGCCGAACCGUCAGAGGAGACCGCGGACGCUGCGCCGGAAUUGCUGACCAGGAUUCAAGCCGCUCACAAGCAACGGAAACCAAUCAGUUCCGUCGAGCCAGACGUUCCUAAGCAGAAGCAGAGGAAUCCGGGAUCUCCACCCGAAGAGCUUUCUGCGGGGAGCUUCAACUCGGAGGAGUCCCUGUUGCAGCAGAUGCGUCUCACGCACGACCGAGCCGUGACCGGUCGCCUGAGCGCGGUGGCUGGUGCUCAGAGCAUCGUUUCGGCUACAGUCCACUUCUUCAAGAGUGACGUCCCGCAAAUCAGAGCGUUCCUCCGCGAUCAUUUCCAAUUCCCGUCGAAAUCCGAACGACCUCAAAACGAAUGGGCGAACGAGUGUCGAAUUUUCAUUUUGGUUUGCUUUGAAGUAGUAUCCCUCUGUCCGACGGAAGCAGAAACGGUGAAGUCCGAGGUUCUCAGUGCAAUGAGGAAACUGCUGUUUCUGACGACGCCCAGUACCCUCUUCGACUUCAUCCAAGAGACUCUGAAAAACCUCUACGUAGAGACGGUCAGACCUCUUCUGCAAGAAAUCGCCGAAACCUUCGACUUGCCCCUCUUCGCUCAAUCAUCAGACGACGAGGUCGGUGCGACGAGUUCCGUUGGAUCUUUUGCUGAGCCUCUGUCAGGAAUCUCGUCUUUAGGCUCCGCGACGAACUCCGUACCGCAUUCGUUGCCGAGCAAACCGAUUGCGAAGGGUGGAGAUCCUCUACGGCGAAUGUCUUCGGCGAACCUUUCGCAGAGACAAAUUCAAAUACCGAAACGUCGGAAUGUGAAAACGCAGCCGAGCUCGACCGCGCAUUCGCCGAUGAAGCGGACGUCCUCCACGCGAUCGAUGCCGACCACUCCGAGAGGUCGGAGGAUUCUCAAAACCCAGGUCGUUCCGGAAACCCCCGUCGGAAAACAGGCUCCGGAUCGAGUUCGUCGGACCCAGGAAACACUCAGGAGACAGUCGUCGAUCAUGAACGUUUCUCAGGAGGAUGAGCAGGUCGUGGAGGUCGACGAGUCUCCGAUGAAGGCCACUCCGUCGAAGGUCACCCCGAGGAGAACACCACGGAAGACGCCGAAUAAAACCCCACGAACGAGUCCUCGCAAACAGCUCACGCGCCGACUGAUGUUCUCACCGCAGAAGAAAGCUUUCACUUCACCGACGGCGAUCUCGCUUCUUCAUCUCACAACCUCGCCGGUGCUAUUCAAGCCUGGACGUAGAAAAGCAUCAUAAGUGAUUUUUCCGUUCCUUGUGAUCUGUGCGCUCGAGUUAGGGGAUCGGAAUUCGGGAAAGCAUCCGGACAGUGAAAGAUUGUAAUAUAUUCUAUGGACUGUACAGCACGAUAUCACAGAAUGUUUCUCUCCUCCAAGAAAUCCAAAAUGGCCGCAUAACUGCACAGGAGAUUCAUUUGAUGCCUAUCCGCUCUGGGUAAGAGAUCUUUGACCAUGUAAGUAACGUGGUGCUGGAAGUGCGCGAACUGGGUUCCGUACGCCGUCG